AUGUCCACCCAUCCGAUCAAUCAAAAACCGGUAAACGAAAAGGAAGAGAAUGUUUUUCUCUUUACCCCAAACUUGAUAGGUUACACCCGAAUCGUUUUCGCCAUUGCCUCCCUUUAUUACAUGCCCUAUCACCCACGAACCUGUUCACUCCUAUACAGCAUUUCAUGCCUCCUAGACGCCUUAGAUGGAGCAGCUGCCCGACGCCUCGGACAGUCAACACGCUUCGGCGCCAUCCUGGACAUGAUCACCGACCGAUGCACAACAACCUGUCUGCUGGUCUUUCUCGCAUCUGCGUUCCCCAGAUGGAGUAUCGUCUUUCAGGCACUGAUUAGUCUGGACUAUUCAAGCCACUACAUCCAUAUGUAUGCCACCCUGGCAAUGGGCGGACAGACCCAGAGUCACAAGGAUAUCGAUGAGAGUCGGCCCUGGGUUAUGAGAAUAUAUUACUCUAAUCAGAACGUUCUGUUUACUGUAUGCACGAUGACCGAGGCGUUUUUCAUCGCGCUGUAUCUUCUUUCGUUCUCUUCGCCGUUGCUGAUGCCUCAAGGAACUGACGAAACAGCAUCCCAGAUUUGGGGAUUGCCUUGGAGUGCUGGAGCUAUGGAAAUGGCUCGGGCCAAUAAAAUCGACAGUUUCAUGCCGUGGUUGUUGCUUACCCUCUCGUUGCCGUUCAUGCUGUUCAAGCAGUAUGUGAAUGUGAUACAACUAGUAGAAGCGAGUAGGUGGCUGGCAUGGGGUGAUGCUGAGAUGAGGAGGAAAGCACGCUUGCUUCGAGCGAAAACUGAAUGA